CUUGUCGUCGCUCCAGAGCCUUUGGCUGCUAAUUAUCUCCCUUAUCCAACUUCUGCACUGCCUACCUACGAGUCCGUCAACCUUUGAGACAAGGCCCGACGCAGUUUGAACACUGCCCUUCGCACCCUCUGCUAGUGUAUUUACUGCUUCCUUUCUAUUUAUCCCGCCUGUACAGGCGGCUAUGCGAGCCCCAUCACCUCCACAAUCAGCACUUCAUUUGGUCGAUUGGUAGAACACUACGCCGCCAGCAUACCAUGGAUGCACAUUCGCAAGCUCCGCCUCAAGCGGGCGACGGUGAUGCUCCAAAUCAGUCACUGCGGGUGAAAAUCAACCAAAUGACCGAGGGGCCUGUUGGCCUAGAUCCUAAAAGCGCUUUCGUCAACGACGUCUGGCCUAAAUUGCUUAAUGAGUACGACGCUAUGAGGGAGAGACUGGAGGAAUUUUGCAAAAGUGCUCUCGAGCGCAGAGCUAUUGACUGCCAAGUCAAAAGCAGAACUAAGCAGGUCGAUUCAAUCAGAAAGUCACUCGAUCGGCGCGAGAAAGCGCUCUUGGAUCGCAGCCAAAAGCAAUUCGAGAGCUUCUCUGACAUAUUCAAUAAAAUUCAUGAUCUUGUCGGACUCAGGAUUAUCCUCGAAUUUGCUGACGAUAUGGAGAGAGCCGUUCACUUCAUCAAAGAAAGUUUUCGGGAAGAAGAGGAGCCAGUUAUUUUCGUCCGUGACCGUGAGGUUGGUCGGUCCUGGAGAACACGGUUCGGUGCCUACGAGACUCGCAACUAUCGUGUCAGCUUGGAAAAAGCGAAAUGCGGAGCCCUUUCUCAGUUUUGCGACGUGAUGUUCGAGAUACAAGUCACGACUAUCGCGGAAGAUCUUUACAACAAGCUUGCACACCCGCUCUUGUACAAGGGUUCAUCUCUUACUCGCCAGGAUGAGAUUGUGAUAGACAUGGCGCAUGGCAACGCUCUUUGUUAUGCGCUCUGCUUGGCUUACAUGGAGGAUAAACUGAAGAAGCGCGCAAAUAAGAUUGGGGGUAGAGCUGAGUUGGCAACGGCAACCGAAGAAAUUGCAAGAGAUGGCACUAGGUUCAGGGAGAGUUUGACGAAAGGGGCGUCUUUUGACAUCCCCGUCUCCCCACACGGUCUUCUGGAAGCGCUUGAGAUUCCACCGGAGGGAUAUAACUCCGUUGACGACCUUAAACAGUGGAUUAACGGGAAGAUGACUAGUGGUGUGCUUGACGAGAUACGCUCGAAUUCACAGACGAUCCGCGAUGCCAUCCUUUCCAAGCUCCCCAUUGCGAACGGUGCUAGCUUUGACUCCCACACGGACGAGCACGACGCGCGAUGUCACCCUGAUACCCGAGUUGACCUCCAGCGGGACAUAAUGGCAUGGGCGGACGAUCCGCAGGGCGAAUGCAUCUUCUGGCUAAACGGCAUGGCAGGAACUGGGAAGUCCACCAUAUCACGUACAGUCGCGCAAUCGUUUGCGGACCAAAAUCUUCUCGGUGCCAGCUUCUUCUUUAAGAGAGGCGAGAAAGACCGGAGCAAGGCCGCCCUGCUGUUUACAACCAUUGCGACUCAGCUUAUUGUCAAAGAGCCUAGUUCGGCAUCGUAUAUCAAGGCUGCUAUUGAGGCUGACCCUUACGUCACGAGCAAAAGGUUGGAGGAGCAGUUUAAGAAGCUGAUCCUAAAGCCGUUGGAAAGCCUAAGGGGCAGUUUGGACGACAUCAAGACAAUUGUCCUGGUGAUUGAUGCCCUUGAUGAGUGCGAACGGGACGAUGAUAUCAGGGUUAUCAUUUCCCUGUUAUCACAAGCAAAGAGUCUGAUUUCCGUACGGCUAAGAGCUUUCCUCACAAGCCGGCCUGAGUUGCCAAUCCGACUUGGCUUCAAUAAGAUCAAGGGAGAAUACCAGGAUCUAGUCUUGCAUGAAAUCCCGAAGUCAAUUAUCGAGCACGACAUCGCUGCAUAUCUGGACUCUGAGCUUGCAGAAAUCCGAAACGACUAUAAUGAUCUGUCUCCUGGUGGCCAGCAGCUUCCGCACGAUUGGCCUGGUCCCCAGAUUGUCCAAGACUUGGUCAAGAUGGCCGUUCCCCUCUUUAUCUUUGCAGCUACUGUUUGCCGUUUUAUCCGGGACCCAGCAUGGUGUGAUCCCGGUGAUCAAUUAGCAAAGAUCCUGGAAUAUCAGUCAGGAACACAGGAAUCCGAGAUCGACAAGCUAGACGCAACAUAUCGCCCAGUCCUUGAUCGGUUGCUUGUCGGUUCCGAGGUAUCUAAGAGAUCCCUUCUUGAUGAAUUCCGGAUGGUCGUGGGCCCGAUUGUGCUCUUAGCCGAACCACUCCCGAUAUGCUCUUUAGCCCGACUUCUUGAUAUACAAGAGAAGGUCGUUAUUCGCAGACUUGAACCACUUCACUCCGUCCUUAGCGUACCGGUCUCUCCUACAUCCCCGGUUAGGAUGUUUCAUUUGUCAUUCCAUGACUUUCUCGUUGAUCCCAACAAACAGGGCACCAACCCGUUCUGGAUAGACAGGGGUGCAACACACGAAAAAAUUGCGAUUAGAUGCUUGGAGCUUCUUUCUGGUAGCUUGAAGAAGGACAUCUGCGAUCUGAGAAUGCCUGGAACAGCUCGUGCCGACAUUGAGUCGUCAGUCAUCGACUCACAUUUGCCAUCAGAUGUCCGGUAUGCGUGCCUAUAUUGGGUCUAUCACGUUCAGCAAAGCAGUUCUCGUAUAAGCGAUAACCAUCAAGUAUACACCUUCCUCGAACGUCAUUUCCUCCACUGGCUGGAAGCGCUAAGUCUCCUUGGGAAACUAUGUACAAGUAUUGGAAUGAUUAGGGAUUUACAGGGUCUCCUUAGUUUCCACGAUCUCCGCGUUUUUACACGAUGCAGCACGAUUUAUUCUUAG